UGAACGCAACAUAACACUGGCAGCUAGCCUAGCCGUGCUAACAGAGCUAAUCUGAUUUAUCGACUCAGUUAAGCGCACGAAACGUUCACCAGGAUUACCAAAUUUAGUUUUCCUUAUAUUCCCCAAAGCGGAAUAUCAAUCUAAAAUCGUCCAAAUUCUGUUUUGGAGAAUGGCAUCUCUUGGGGAGCCUGUGCGAUUGGAAAGAGAUAUCAACCGUGCAAUUGAGCUGCUUGAUAAGCUGCAGAGGACAGGGGAAGUUCCUCCUCAGAAGCUGCAGGCGCUGCAGAGGGUCCUGCAGAGUGAAUUCUGCAACGCUGUCAGAGAAGUUUAUGAGCAUGUGUAUGAAACGGUGGACAUUAACAGCAGUCCUGAGGUCAGAGCCAACGCCACAGCUAAGGCAACCGUGGCAGCUUUUGCAGCAAGUGAGGGACACUCGCAUCCACGUGUGGUGGAGCUGCCCAAGACAGAGGAAGGCUUGGGUUUUAACAUAAUGGGCGGAAAGGAGCAAAACUCGCCGAUUUACAUCUCACGGAUCAUCCCGGCAGGCAUCGCCGACCGACAUGGAGGCCUUAAAAGAGGCGACCAGCUUCUCUCUGUUAAUGGGGUGAGCGUGGAGGGUGAGCACCAUGAGAAAGCUGUGGAACUCCUCAAAGCAGCCCAGGGCACAGUGAAGCUGGUUGUAAGGUACACCCCCAAAGUCCUUGAGGAGAUGGAGUCACGAUUUGAGAAAAUGAGGUCGGCAAAGCGCCGGCAACAGAACAACUACCCGCAGUAGGAUUUUUCCAGCUUCCUGCUCAGUUCCCCUGGGUCUCCUCUUUUAGUUAUUUUGGUUAUCUGCUCUAGUCUCUUUUUAUCCCCUUGUUCACUCACUCUACUCCCUCCACACACAAAAGGAAAAAAAAAACUUGAGUAAUUUUAGUUAUUUCUAUCAUAUGCUGUAUAUUGUGCUUCUAAUCUCUGUAGCAUUUUAAUAUUAACCACUGUUACUGUACUUGACACUAAAACUCUAGAUACACUAGAAUGAUCAUGAUUGUCUGUGACUUGACAAUUUGAAUGCAGAUUUGGCUUUUUAUUUUUUUUUAAGGUAAACUGUGUGACUCUUUUUGACGGAGAAGGAUUUUAUUUGUUUCAUCACGGCCAAUACCAAGUCCCUCAGGGCAAACAGUCAUGUGCUGUGGAAACUAACCUUGUUUUAUUUUAACAUUUUAGAUGCAAGUACUGGUGACUGGUGGCAGGAAUUAAACCAACAAAGUACGCUUUCUUAAAAAAAUACAUCAUUUUAGUGAACAAAAAUUUAAUCAGACAUUUUAAAUUUAAUGGCAUUUAACAAACAUGUCAUCAAUAGAAAGACUUGGAAGUUGAUAUAAAAGUGAUGUUUGGCUUAAAAAAGAAAGAUAAUCACUGUAUUCUCAAAGCUCAGGCUGCACAAUAACAAGCCCAGCAGGGAUUUAAUGGGGUCUCAACAAGUCUAGAGCCGAGCUGGUGCCACCGCAGAGCUUCACGUUGUAACAUUUCUCAGAGUUUGACACCUUCAGAAGCACAGGCUCUGCAGUCACCCUGAGCCGAGACAAAACCUGUUCAGUUUCCACUCAUCUCAUCACGAUGCAUAUUUCUGUUAGUAAUGUACAGUAUACUCAUCAUGGAGUGGAAUCUCACAGCUUUAGUGAACUUUUCAUUAUUUUCAACAGCCAUGAUUUCUGUAGCAGAAUUUUUGUACUUCUACAACGAGGUCAGAUUUUUAUUCUAAGAAUUUGGUUUCUAAAAUCUGUGAAGUCUCAGAAACAAAAAUCAUUUUGGUAGUUUUGAAUCCCCUCAUAGGUUUCUGGUUUCUUUCUUCUCGUGAUGAUUUAAUGUUAUACAGGAGACUUCAUAACUGACUACUAGGAACACCGUACUACCACCGCUAUGUUUGACACUAGGUUAUGUCUACCUAGCACCUGAUCUUUGUAUAACCAGAAAAUAUUCAAAUAAAGAGCAUUUUCUUUGGCUACGUUGAUCAGCUGGAAACUUUGUUGGAACUAAAGGUGCUUAAAGUUGAUGAGUGAGGUUUCUUUAUUUGGCAGCAGUCUGAUGUAAAACUGCAGUCAGUGACACAGGUUUAGGGUGAGACUGAUCAUUUGAUGGUUUCUGCCAGUUUGAGCUAUUUUUCUGCCAACCUAAUAGUAAGCCUUAAAGUGAUGUGUAUGUACGAUCACAUUUUUACGACCUUAAGGUCUACCGUUAAGAAAUGAAUGUAGAGAUUUGUUCCUUUUCCUGGAUCUGCUUUUGGACUUCCCUUGUUUUUGGGGUUGUUUGAUACAGUGAUCGCUGCAGGAUGGCAGAAAAAGCACAGAAAGUUGGGAGAUGUUUUUAUUAAUUUUAUGAUUAUCACAUCUUUGACACUUUAAUUACCACUGAAAUAAUCAUCGAGGUCGGAAUAUGGAUGUAUUCGAUCCUGUGUCGUCUUUUGGAAAAUGGUCAUUUCCAAAUGAAAUAGAAUUGUACACAGCGAACAAUGCUUAAUAAAAUCUUUCAUUAUUAUUAUUUUAUUUUUUUUAAACAAAAGAGCAGAGUUUAACCCAAGAUGGUAUACAAGACCUCUGUACCAAAAUGAAGUGUGGUUGCACAUUUCCUGGAAGUUUUAGUAUUUUCCAAAAGUGAACAUCUCAUUUCACACUACCUUCAUUCUCCAUUUAUACCCUGGAGUUGAUGAAAUCAUUGAAGAGUUAAUGAGAAAAUUAUAACAGAGGCUUUUUAAUUAAUCGUCUAGAUGCUUUCAGAAAGAACAGAAAGCUGCAGGUAUUUCCUUCAGUAAUUAAAAAUAUAACAAUAAUUUUCUCAAAACUGUCUUUGCCUCAUUUCUCACAUGCAUGCAUACUAUUUCCAAAAAUACACAUACAAAAAUGUGUUUUUUAUGAAUUACGAUCCAAAAUUUCACUAUAAUCUUUCAUAUAAUAAACACUCCGCUUACAUAUGCAUCACUGCAUGUAAAAUAAUGUCUUGUAUUCCUGAAGUCUUUUCAUUUCUGGAUUCUGAAGAAAAAAAAAUCUCAUGAUAAAAUGUGUAUUGGGAAUUAUUUGAGUUGGUAAUUACAGCAGCAGAAGUGACAUGAGGAAUUUCUUGCUUUUCUAGUAAAGGACAUAUAAAAGAUGAUUCUAAGUUUAAAACUAUUAAAAUUCCUCACAAAUUAGAUCAAAUUUAUUAGCAAAGCUUUUUUUCUCUCCUUGUUUCUGAUGUUAAAUGUGUAGCAUGCUGCAAAGUAUGUUUUAGUUGUCCAAGCCAUACAGUUGACUCAGGAUUGAUAUGCUGCAUCCCUGGGACACUAGAGCAUCAAUAGUAGCUCUGAUCAAUCUAAAUGAAGGAAACGGAUGACAAAUGAAGUGAUUUUAACAGCUCUUUAGUAGAAGUAGUCAUGUUUAAAGAAGUAGUAGUUUUGAUUUUUAAAAAUUAGAAUAAUAAAGUUAAAUCAACAUCUAAGUUUUAGCAUGUUCUUACAUAACAGAGAUGACCUGAACCCAGUGUAAAUACAGUUUUUGUGAGCGGUGCAUGAAAUUUGAUCAUUGAAUGUACAGAUUGGUGAUAUUUUUUGUGGUAUUUCACAUAAAAUCUAUUGACAACAUCAAGAGACAAAUAGGACAGCUCUCACUAAAAAAGAAUUCAUUAAUAGUCUCUGAAUUGACUAAUAAAAGUAUUUUGUGGCACAUUUUGGGGGCAGUUUCAAGUUCUUGUGAAGGGGGUGUUAAAAUGUAACAAGUUGCAUAAACAAUAGAUUCUGAGCUCAAGGUGCAGUUUCAUUUAAUGGCUUACAUCCAUAACUUUUGCAAAAAAACAAAACAAAACAAAUAAUUGUUGGGUAAAAUUUUUUUAAAUGGAACAGGCUCAAUGCAAAUCAAUUAUCUAUGCAAAGUCAUUUCACAAACUUCAGAAAUAAAACCUUUUGGUGCAAAACAAGUGAACAAUAUUGUACGACAGAAUGUUACUCAAAAUUGCUGUUGAACCUGAGGCUAAUGGUGUACUGUGAUUCAUGGGAGUUACACAGCUUUACUAAACCAUUCUCGUUCUGACCACCGUCUAUGCUUAAAAUAUGAGACUUAAACUCCUAAUUAGUGAUUGUUAAAAGGCUUUAGGGAGGAUCAUCUUCAGUAGUUACCUUUUUAUUGAGAAUUAUUUAGCAUUGUAUGAUAAUGACAUAAUCCGAAAAGAGAGUUAAAGUAUUUGUCUACAUCUGUCUGCUGGUGUAACUUGCGGUUCAAGCUGAUCAGAACCAGUUUGUUUGAGUUUGUUUGGGCUGCAAGUAGCAAAUCAGUUCACAAAUGUACUUGAAUGGGUGCAACUUCACAAUAAGACUCCCCUUAGAUGAUAUUCCUACUUAGUUAAACCUGCUACUCACAAGAGUUCAGAAACAGAAAUGAAAUCAGGCUUGUGUAUUGCUUUUCAGGACACUCAAAGACACUUUACAUAAAAUCAGUCAUUUCCAUUCACGCACACAUUCACACAAAAAAAGAAACUUUUCAUACAUUAAUGUAGAUUCACUAUUACAUUAAAUUUAUCCCUCCCAUCUUGCCCAUUAACCAAUGUCCUAUGACUGCUUUAGAAUGGUUUAUAAAUUAACAACUUAUUUAUAACUGGUUAUUUACUAUUUACCACUCAUAAGGGGAGUUUUGUUAUAAAGUUGUGCCCAUAAAUUGGUGGAAAUAUUGGAAUUGAAUACUGAAAUGUUUUCAUGUCUACUUAGAACAACAUUUUGUUGUUAUUUUCUAAGUAAUACAUGGUAUGAUCUUAUUAACGCUAAAGACACUGAUUGCAUAUGAUUCUUAUUUCAAAGAAGGAAUAUUUAGACAUUUGUUGUAGCUUACUCGAAUUUACUUUUGAGUUGAAUGUAAAUAAAAGUCCUCAAAUAGAAUAAACUUUGUUCCCUAAUUAAGUUUAAAUCCAACAGUAGCUUGCUUAGCGUAAUCCUCGCCUGCAAACAUGCUCAUAUCAGAAAGUAAACAUAAUGAGACUUAGCUAUGACACUGCAUAGUCACUGUUCCUCUGAAUGUUUAUGGUCAUUAUCUUGAGUUCAACUUUUUACAGGUUUUCCUCGUCUGUAAAUCUGAAUGGUCAAUAGAAUAUUUUUUAUAAUAGUUUUCUUUUGAUAAUUAUUCUCAAUUUUGUAAGUGGUUUUCCUAAAAAAAAAUAUAAAUAAUACCAGGAAUUGGUACUUCCAUUUUGUCUGUGUACUAGGGCAAUAUCAGCUCAACCUUUCUAGAAGGAAACUGAAUCACAAAAGGUAAAUGGUCCGAUGUCGGUGCUUCUUUUCUGAGCUCUGAAAUUGUUUUCUUUGUAAAACUAAAACUAAACUUAAUACAUUUGUUCAAACUGUUAAUAAUAUCUUCAGAUUUUUUGGUCAGUUUUGAAUCAAUCUUAAGAUCAGUAGAUGGUGUUAUGUUAUUUUGUGUUGUCUGGUUUUGUUUUAUUUACUCUUACAUUGAUGUGGAAUGUAAAAUGUGAUGUAGAACAAUGAAUAUAGUUGUAUCAGACACUCAAUAAAUUGUGCUUACAUUUAUGAAA